AUGGAUGGAGUUGGUGGAAGUGGGAAAACACACGUGUACAAGACCAUACUUUCCACAGUGGGUGGCGAAGGAAAUAUUGCAUUACCUAUGGCAUCAACCGGAAUUGCAGCCAAUUUGCUUGAUGGUGGACGCACUUACCAUUCGCAGUUUAAAUUCCGCAUUCCUAUAGAUGACACAACAACAUCGCCAAUUCGAUCGAAAUCAGCAGAUGCUGAGCUAUUUAGACAAGCAAAAUUGUUCAUCUGGGAUGAAGCUACAAUGGCUCCAAGUCUUGCAUUAGUAGCAGUGGAUAAAUUUCUUAAAGAAGUGAUGGAUAAUCAAAAGCCACUUGGCGGUAAAGUCUUACUAUUAGGAGGAGAUUUUAGACAAACGUUACCUGUAGUUCCUCAUGCAAGUAGAUCUGCCAUUGUAGAAGCGAAAACUCCUCUCGGCCUCCCUAAAGAUACAAUUGAAAUCCCAGAACAACUUAUUUGUCGGGAGUCAAUAAUUUAUGAAAUAUACGGAGAACGUCUUACGGUUGCCAAUGUUGCCAACUUUUCAAAAAUGGCAAUUUUGUGUCAAAAAAAUACGGCCGUUGACAAAAUAAAUGACGAUGUUUUAAAUAUUCUUGAAGGAAAUUCGGUGACUUAUUUCAGUACUGAUUCCGUGGAUGAUGAAAAUGCAGAGGAUAGACAACAUUAUCCUGUUGAAUUCCUAAAUGGUUUAACGCCAUCUGGAAUGCCUGUCCACAAGUUAAAUCUUAAAAAGGGCAGCAAUAUUAUGCUUCUUAGAAACUUAAAUACGAAGCGAGGACUGUGUAAUGGCACCCGUCUAAUUGUUGAAGACUUGAAGCCCAAUUUAAUAAUUGCAAAGGUGCUUACAGGGUCUGCACAGCAACAAAUUGUAUUCAUUCCAAGAAUUGAUUUGUCCACUGCAAACGCAGAUUUUCCAUUCGUUUUACGAAGAAGGCAGUUCCCAAUUAAAUUGCCGUUUGCAAUGACAAUUAAUAAAUCUCAAGGGCAAACUUUGGAGAAGGUCGGAGUAUAUCUCCCUGAACCAGUUUUUAGCCAUAGUCAAUUAUAUGUUGCCUUAUCAAGAGUGCGACGCUUUGCAGAUGCAAAAAUUAAGAUAAUAGACGGUCCAGAACAGGGAAAAUUAAUUGAGGGCUCGGAUAGAGUUUUUACCAAAAAUGUGGUGUAUGAAGAUAUAUUUGCAAAGCAAUUAGACCCGGAUUGUCAAUAA